GGGGAGGAAGAGUUGUUCGAGGAGUUGCAGCUUUUGGGGCUGCGUGCUGUACUGUUGAAAGAAACUUGGCGUGCGCAGCGACGUGAGAAGCGCGCGAGAGCGAGAUGGGCACGUGUUUCGCGGCUCCGGGGGCCUCGAAGGAGCAAGUGGGACAGGGGUUUCAUUGCGCGGGCGUCUCCCUUUCCUCUCUCCUCCCUUCUUCCAGAAUUCAUCCAUCUUGGAGGCCAGAGUGUCAUAACCUUGUACAUAUGCAUCUGAAAUGUAUGCCGCAUGCUGGAGAUGCGGUCGCAGACGUGGAGGGCAUUUGUUUUCAUGUUCGCCGCUUGUUACGAGCAGUGGUAUCUGCGUCUGGAUGAUUGCCGCUGGGCCCUCAGAGCGAUGGAGACGAUGGGGGGGCCGUUUGGCGAUGCGGCGUGGAAUGCGAAUGCGAAGCGGGGAAGUAGCUGGUUGGGUGAACGACGCCGCAACUGUUGGUUUUGACCGACGCGAUGUUCGAGGCGUGUUUUGGCGAACAGUGAAAGUGUCAAAUCGACGGGGUAAAACGACAGUUGGAUUUUCGGUUUGUUUGUUUGCGGCGGGAACGCGCUAGCGUCGGCGCGGGGGCGAGCGACGCCACUAUUGGUCAAGACCACCGCGCCCUCGAGGUCGUUGUCAAGUGGGGGUUUUAGCAAACUGGUACACCCGACAAAAAACCCAAACCUCAGAUACCGAACUAUCCGCGAUGUUGCCCUUCAGAGAAGAGGGAAUAGUGGGGUCAAUUCGAUGCACAGUCGGAGUCGGUGUCUUGGAUCGUAGGGGAUGACGCGAUGCUGGCGGACAUUGAGAAGCGGUGCCACGACAUUUUGUGUAUUGUAUUCGUGGUCCCAAAGGGUUGCGACGAGAAGGAGACGUUCGAUGAGCAGAAAUGGAGGACUGCGAGGGACCGGUUGCGAAAGACGAGCGCGUGUAGACGGUCGAUGAGACAUGGUGGUAACAAAGAGGACGUAGCAAUUGCUAGUGGGGCCAUCGGGGAAGAUAUUCACGCCGUGGCCAGAACGCGGAACAGACAUUGUAGGAGUAAAGUACCAGGCGCGCUUCAAUAUUUGCAAGAACCGCUGGUGUGCGCAAAGGAUGGCAAGAACAUGCGCGUGCCUUCUAUCUUGAGCGCAGAUAGCAGCGCACGUUUCGCGCGACAUACAUUGCUGAUGUAUUUGCUGCGUUUUCGAGUGUUUGUAUGAUGGUGACAGUGUGGGCUUGCAGAGACACGGGCGAUGAUCGCGCCGUGGCGGUCUCUCUGGAGAGGGUGCGAGGUGGCAACGUUGCCGACGAGAAUGGGGUGGUGGUAUCAUGCUUGAACAUCGGUAACGAUUCGUGGAUGAAAACUAUUGCGGCUUCGCAGGCUCGCUGAACUGGCCGGCAAAUAGGUUGGGCUGCGGCCGAUCUUUUUCAAGCGGGAUAACUUUCAAGACAUGGUGGCGAACGUCUGCCAGCAAAUCACAAGCCUACGUUUGAUAUCCCAAUGUGCGAACUUUUUCAGCUGAGUCGUGUGCAGAAUAAUCGAAUAAACACUUCUUCAAUUGGCUCGCGCCAGCCCGUCGACCCCUCGCGGGGUAGAGGCGGCCGCGGUUUUUCGGCAGGCCAUGCUGGAGCUGGAGUGGCUGCUUUUCUCGCGCCCGCGAAGUUGGAUGGGGAAGAACAAUGGGGG